GAUUAUGUCUCCCAAUACUCCCCUCCGGCCAUUCUGCGUGUAUCUUCCGACCAUGGGUGCAGUGGUUUAGGCGGGCCAACGCCCAUGAACACCCAACCAGAGGGGCCUCGCUGACCAAUAUCACGGAUAAAGGAGAAAAUACCCACUGAGGGGAACGUGGAGGACAGCUCGGAACACCGGCACACUUUGGACUCACAGGGCAGCCCUGAUCAUCCACAGGAACCCGAGGAUUACGUUUUAUCGAGCGCGCAACCCCCGUCAAACGCUUCUAUCACAAUCUGAAAACAGCGCUUAUUCUUUGCAGUUCACGGUUGUUGGGUUCUAAAGUCGACCCCUUUGUCCGGACACCGCCCGCGUGAGGGGGAAAGUGUUUCAUCGUUAUCUGGAUUAUCACCCUUGAGGAUGAAUGCGUCCUUGGCCGUGUAAGGGAUCUACCUACUUAUCCGCUGCACCUGGAACUAUUCUGAUCCCAUUAACAUCUCCCCCACAGAGGGCCAGCGACGGGCCCACUCUGACCUGGUCGGCCCGACCUCCAACAGCGGCAGACCUUUGCUGACCUGGAGCUCGGUGGAGGGCCGGUCGAGGGACUGCGCCUCCUAACCCGUCCCCUGCCACCCCCCUGGCCGUAGGGAGCCAUGGCCCUCCUGAAGAUGAUGUUCCCCCUGCAGCGGCGCGUGCGUCUGGCCCAGGGCCUGUGGCUGCUCUCCUGGCUCGCCGUGCUCUCCGGCGCCAUCACCUUCUGCCUCGGCCUCUACCUGAAGACAGAGCUGCUCCGUAGGGCUGAGGUGAUGGACAACUCGGAGAUCCACAUCGUACCUAACAUCCUCAUGGUGGUGGGCCUGGCAGCCAUCGGCACCAACUGGUUCGCGGGGCGUAUCUGUCAGGACUCCCUGGACCCCGAGCGCUUCCCUCGCUGGAAGAACUUCCUGCUGGCGUGGUUCGCGUUGGCCGUGCUUCUGUGCUCCCUGCUCGUCUCCGCCAUGGCUCUCAGCUACGCGCUGCAGGGUCACCUGGAGGAGUCUCUCAAGGUGGGCCUGAGGAACGGGAUCCGGUUCUACAGGGACACCGACGUUCCGGGCCGCUGCUUCCAAAAAGAGACCAUCGACCGGCUGCAGAUCGAGCAUCGUUGCUGUGGCAACAACAACUACCGGGACUGGUUUGAGGUUCAGUGGAUCAGCAACCGGUACCUGGACUUCACCCACAAGGAGGUCAAGGAUCGUAUCCGGAGCAACGUUGACGGCCGCUACCUGGUGGACGGCGUCCCCUUCAGCUGCUGUAACCCCGGCUCCCCGCGACCCUGCCUGCAGUACCACCUGCUGGACAACAACGCCCACUAUAACUACGAACACCAAUCAGAAGAGCUCAACCUCUACGGCCGGGGCUGUCGGCAGGCUCUGGUCUCCUACUACAUGGAGAUGUUGAACACCAUUGGUCCCGGUGUGCUGUCCAUCAUGUUCAUACAGGUGUCGGUGAUCGCCAGCAUGCGGUACCUCCAGACGGCAGUGGAGGGGGCCAUGGCGCUGGAGAACCCAGAGGAGGAGAGCGAGGGCUACCUGCUGGAGAAGGGCCUGAAGGACUCCCUGGUGGACCUGCGGGCGGCCGUGCUCGGCCUGCUGAAGAUCGGCCCCGUGGGGCCCGACGCCGAGGGGGGGGCCGCCGACGAGGAGGCGGGCGAGAAGCCUGCCAACUGAGAAGAGGAGCCGAGAGAGAGAGAGUGAGAGAGAGAGAGAGAGAGGGAGAGAGAGAGGGAGAGAGACGGA